CCAGCUCCCUCCGGUGUGCACCUGCCGAGAGCGGCGGAGGAGGAGGAGUGGAGUUUCGGAUGCUUCGGCGGAGCUGAGCGGAGCUGCUGCUUUUUUACACCAACUCAACACAAGUUCCUGCGGCCAAGUUUCAGUCGACAAGUCCCGGACUAGCUGGAGAGGAAUGGAGCCCACGAUAGCCCGGUCCUACGGCGCACUCUUUAUCAUUUUAGCAGGUGUGGCCUCUGGUCUGGAGAUCACGUCCACAGGGCCGACAUUCAUAGAGAAGGCCAGCGGUCAAAGCGUGAUGCUCGAUUGCCAUUUCACUCUUGCCCCAGAGGACUCUGGACCGCUGGACAUAGAAUGGAGCUUGUUGGCUUCUGACAACCAGAAAGAGGAUAAAGUGAUGAUCCUGUUCUCAGGUGACAGGGUCUAUGAGGACUACUAUCCCCCUAUGAAGGGUCGUGCCCACUUCAACUCAGCCGAUCCCAAAAACGGCGAUGCUUCUAUCAACCUGACAGGGCUUAAGUCGUCGGACUCUGGCACCUACCAGUGCAAGGUGAAGAAGGCUCCCGGCAUUCGCAGCAGGAAGAUGGCGCUGAAUGUCAUGGUGAAGCCAUCCAAGCCCAGGUGCUAUGCUGAAGGACCCACAGAGCAGGGCAAGGAUACUGUGCUGAGAUGCAUAUCCAAUGAGGGCACCAACCCCUUACGGUACAACUGGGAGAAGACCAGUGAUACCAAGCUGCUGCCUGCCUCAGCCGUGCUGGACCCUGUGGCAGGCACCAUGAACGUGAGGAAUGCAUCUGCCAUCUAUUCCGGCACCUAUCGGUGCACCGCUAGCAACCGUGUAGGUAGUGAGGAGUGUAUUCUACAGCUUAACAUCACGCCACCUCCCAACACUGCAGGCAUCAUUGCAGGUGCCAUCAUUGCAGUGCUACUGAUCCUCAUCAUCAUCGCCAUCAUCCUCUUCUGCUGUUGCCGUGCCCGUCACAGGAAGAAGUAUGAGAAGGAGAUCUGCAACGAGAUCAGGGAGGAUGUGCCUCCUCCUAAGAGUCGUGUUUCGACAGCCCGCAGCUUCACCAGCGUGGGCAGCCAGCGCUCCUCCCUGGGCUCCAUGUCGCCCUCUAACCUGCAUGAGUAUGCCCUCAAGCCCCAGUAUGACAAGAUCCCUUCGUCAGAGGAAUAUGACAGGCCCCCAAGCCAUGCCCCACUGCCCCCGCCCACUGCUCCCAAGAUGGCCGGCCCCAACCUCAGCCGCAUGGGGGCCAUCCCCGUCAUGAUCCCUGCCCAGAAUAGAGACGGCUCUAUCGUCUAGUGUGCCCCUUCUCACUAAGGGGACGGGACCACGUAAGGAAGAGAGGGGACGGGGAGGUGAGGUAGGACACAAGCCAAUGAAGAUGGAGGAAGGGAAAGGAUGGGCUGACUCGGCUGACUUGUAGCUCUUCACUAUUUACAAAUGGGAGGACACUCCCUCUUAUGAUGGCCUGGCUCUGGUGUGGUGCUGAGAAGAGGAGAGAAGCAGUACUGGAAUCACAACAGAGCACACUGAGUUUUUACUGAACACA